UACAAUGCAUGCAGUCUUUAUUUGUGUUUCGCGCAGUGCGUUAUCGUUUGCAAAAGGUGCAUAUCGGCAGAGGAAGUGUUAAUAGACUUGUUAUUAGAAGCAAGUAACCGACGAUGUACAGAUAAUAUUGCGAUAGAUUUCGAUCGCUAUGGCCAAGUACAUAAAGUCUAUAUUCCAGCCGAGCGAGACCCGAAGGACGGUCAGCUAUGAGGGUAGCAGUGAGGAGGACAGAACGGACCCUCCGCUUGAUGGGAGGAGGAAGCUGUCCAUAUCCCGGUCUGGGAGGAUGAGACAGGCUCAGAAGAAGCGGCUGUCUUUGAGCUUGGAAAUCUAUGGAGCUGAUGGCGAGAAUCUCCCAACCGAAAAGCCGAAAUCGGUGGAAUACCACGUCAACCCUGCAUCGCCCCCUGUCCAAACAUUCACGAACCAGCGCCGGCGCAGUGGAGAGUCCAGGGUAUCUACAGACAGCGGGAAGGUCAUACUACGAGGCCAGGGGAACCAGGUGACCGUGGUCUGUAAGGAGAAUACUAGCCCUGUUGAGACGAGUCCUGAUGAGGAGAUAGAUAGCGCUUUUGAGAUUAUUGACAAACCUUAGCAUAGUUGGUUAGGAUUAGGUAAUAGAAUAUAGUGAUUUUUCUGAUGGAAGGGAUAGUUAAGCUUGGUGUAUACUAGGGGUUAUGCCCCGGGAUUCGUGACGUCAGGUAUGUCAGGCGACGGCAAUACUAAGCAACGUCAGACGCGUACCUAUAAUUUUGUCCCUAGUGAACACACAGCUUUACCUAGUGUGUAUAAUUUGUUUUAGUGUAAGCUCAUUUGGGUACUUUUCUAGGUUGUUUGAAUUCAAGAGAGUUCCUUUUUAUACGACAGUUAAUUAAAAGUGAUUUUAUAAAUUAAUACUACCUUUUAGCAGUAGGUACCUACAUAAUGGAUUAGUGUACCUACAGGUUCUGGAAUCUAGAUUUAUCUCUAUAUUUAGAAUGAAAUAAUUCCCAGUUUUAUGUGAUAAAGUGUUGUUAACUAACACGAGUUGUUUU